AUGUACUGCCUGCGGUGGUGGAUUCCUCUAUUCCUUCUGCCGUUCCCAAAGACGUCACCCUUGUUCCUGGUGCUCUUCCUCUUUUCGUUCACGCUGCACUCGCAACCAUGCAUGUACUGUGCGCUGAUUUUGACAGGUCUCUUUACUACCUCUUCCAACUGGUAUAGCCCUGCCUCGUCCGUCAUGCGUUUGGACUCUAUCAACUCGACAUCAACGGCAAUCUCGUCGAACAACUCGGCACCACGCUCAAGCUACGGCUGGCUCGAUCUGGGAUAUUCUGGCGGUAACGGCUUCUUCAACUCUCUGUCCAGACUUGGCGACGGCUUGAAACCUACUCAGGAUGCUGAUGCAAGCACUCGAGACUUCUACCAGCUCUCGAUACCGUGGUCCGAGUCGCAAGUGCAGAUUCCAAAACGCUUCUUCGUUGGUGUAGGCAAGCAUCGCGGGCUUGGAGUAUGGGUCGACCUCGGCAGUGGCAUCAACGACGCACCAACAUCCUCCGAGAGGUCACGGACAGCGACGGAUGCUUCGAGACCUGUCGCAAAUUUGCAUGUAGAGCUGUAA